GGGAGUUUCUGACAUCCGCGCAUGCGCAAUCUGGCUCCUCGGCACAUGACCGGACGCCGGGAGACAUAUUGGGCGGCCGCAGCAGCUCUGUCCUCUGUCACAGCUCAAAAUACUAUAGGUGAUGCCCAGCUCAGCCAUGAAGAAAAAGGUGCUACUGAUGGGCAAGAGUGGGUCAGGGAAGACCAGCAUGAGAUCCAUCAUCUUUGCAAACUACAUUGCCCGGGACACGCGGCGUUUGGGGGCUACUAUUGAUGUUGAGCACUCCCACGUGCGAUUUUUGGGCAAUCUGGUAUUGAACCUGUGGGAUUGUGGUGGUCAGGAUACAUUCAUGGAGAAUUACUUCACCAGCCAGCGUGACAACAUAUUCCGCAAUGUUGAAGUUCUUAUCUACGUCUUUGAUGUUGAGAGCAGAGAGCUGGAGAAGGACAUGCACUAUUACCAGUCCUGUUUGGAAGCCAUCUUACAGAACUCUCCUGAUGCCAAGGUGUUCUGUCUGGUUCACAAGAUGGACUUAGUGCAAGAAGAUCAAAGAGAUCUGAUAUUUAAGGAGCGAGAGGAGGAUUUGAGGCGACUUUCCCGGCCGUUAGACUGCGCAUGUUUUAGGACCUCUAUUUGGGAUGAGACAUUAUACAAGGCCUGGUCCAGCAUUGUGUAUCAGCUCAUCCCCAAUGUGCAGCAGCUGGAAACCAACCUGCGUAACUUUGCCCAGAUCAUUGAGGCUGAUGAAGUGCUGCUGUUUGAGAGGGCAACUUUUUUGGUCAUCUCUCACUACCAGUGCAGGGAACAGAGGGAUAUUCACAGGUUUGAGAAGAUUAGUAAUAUUAUAAAGCAGUUCAAGCUAAGCUGCAGUAAGUUGGCUGCCUCUUUCCAGAGCAUGGAAGUUCGCAAUUCUAACUUUGCUGCCUUCAUAGAUAUCUUCACAUCCAACACCUAUGUUAUGGUUGUCAUGUCUGACCCCUCGAUUCCUUCAGCUGCAACUUUAAUAAAUAUACGUAAUGCAAGGAAACACUUUGAGAAGCUGGAGCGCGUGGAUGGUCCCAAACACAGUCUCCUUAUGCGCUGAUUCUUCAUCCAGAGAUUGUUCAUUUCCUUAUUAAGCGUCUAUAUGGACUUAACAUUUCUAGACCCUUUUUUUUCCAAACCUCAUGUUUGUGUUUAAUCUCUGAGUUGGGGUUCAACUCAAAUUCCCCUCCAUGCCUCAUUGUGCAUGAAUAACGCAUCCGAAUCACUGAGGUGGAUUUACGAAGUGCAAAUGCACAGUUACCAAUAACAACAGAUCGACAAAGGGUUUUGAAUAGACAGUGGUGUGAUCAAAGUUAAACUGGACACAAGCUAGACAACAAAUGUGAAUAUCUGGUUGCCCUGGGUUACUGCACAUUUACAUUUUUUGCACUUUGUUAGUAACCCAUCCCACUGCUGGCAGCCUUACAGAGUGGCACCAGAGUGAUUAAUAUUGGUUUUCCAAAGUCAUGCCUUAGUAGUGCAAUGUCUGCAUUGUCUGGCCCCUCAAUGCAGCUGGCAAGUUGUGUAUAAUGAAAUGCAAAUCAAACAUUCAUUAACCUCUUACCUAUACUUUGCUCUGCUGUUUGUGAGCAGUGGUCGGUUACCUUUUAGGUGGGAUAAAUGGAAUUUUGCUCAGGCCAUUCUAUUACUAAGAAAAUUCAGUGUAUUUUAUGCUUUGGAAUAAAAAUAUGCUUAAAAAAAAAAAAAAAGUCUAUAUUUGACAAAUCCAUUUUGUAUAGCACAAUCCCUGGGCAAAUGUCAUGCAAAAGAAAAUAUUCUUAAAUAAAACUUUAUGCUAGCUGUAUUGAUUAUAAACCAUAUUCACCACUUCUGGCACAUUUCACAUUUGUUUACAUCAUUAAAUCUUAUUCUUACUAUUGA